AGGAUCUAGCCUUUCUUGCUUCAGAGAUUAUUAAUAUGUUUUGGGUAAAAAAAGAAUUUGUAGCUCUAUCCAAAUUUCAUCUGUUGACUCAGAGAGAGAGGGAGAGUGUGUGUUUUGUCACGAUCAUUGGGUGCACGUGGAAGCCCAGAAGGAUGGCUCUUUCUGAGGUUCAUAAAGAUAGAGGAGAGUUGAGGAUUCAUGAAUGUUUGGAUGAGCUUGGCACUGAUUUGGCAGACUAUAUUGCAGAACUAUCUGAGGCAUCUGUGAAAGAGAGGGGUGUUUUUGCCAUUGCCUUAUCUGGUGGUUCUCUAAUUGGCUUAAUGGGGAAACUUUGCGAAGCUCCAUAUAACAAGACAGUGGACUGGGCUAAGUGGUACAUUUUUUGGGCGGAUGAGCGUGUUGUGGCAAAAAACCAUACUGAUAGCAAUUAUAAGCUGGCAAAGGAAGGCAUUUUAUCCAAGGUGCCUAUUGUACCCAGUCAUGUGCAUUCUAUAAAUGAUUCAGUAUCGGCAGAGGAGGCUGCAAAUGAGUAUGAGUUUGUUAUUCGACAGUUAGUGAAAACACGAACUAUCAAUGUUUCUGAUAUUAGCGACUGUCCCAAGUUUGACCUCAUCCUUCUUGGAAUGGGCCCUGAUGGUCAUGUUGCUUCAUUGUUUCCUAACCACUCUGUGCUUGAUGCGAACGAUGAAUGGGUAACUUAUAUUACUGAUUCCCCGAAGCCCCCACCUGAGAGAAUCACAUUUACUUUGCCUGUCAUCAAUUCUGCAUCAAAUGUGGCAGUGAUUGUGGCAGGUGAGAGCAAAGCAGAGGCGGUACACUUGGCAAUUGAUGAUGUGGGACCUGAUUGCCCAACACUUCCUGCUCGAAUGGUUCACCCAACAAAAGGGAAGUUGGUCUGGUUUUUGGACAAGCCAGCUGCCUCAAAACUUGAUGGUUCUCAAUUUUCUGAAUAGGGUCAACAUCUCACUGCCAAUGUGUAUGUUUGUAUGUAGCAGAGGGACUCGGACACCCACGAAUCCUUUUCUAUUCCACCGUUCCUACUUUUUUCUCCCUUUCGUUUUGGGUUAAAAUCUCCAAAAAUCUCCAUUUUGGCUUUUUGAUCCUCUCUUCUCUGAGGAGUUGGAGAAGUGUGAUUAUCCUUUUUGUACGAAGAAUAAAGUUGGGGGCCUCAAUGCAAAAGCCUUUUUCUGGUUUUGGUUUCCUUAGGAUUGCUUUGAAGGUGGGAUGGAUAGUAGUCUAAUGGAGCAGCAGCCCAUUGGAAUGCGGAAAGAGGCAUUUUUCUUUGUUCUGUAGUGAGAUGAAAGUUUCACGGUAUGCAGGGAAACAGCUUCAUACAAUUCCUUUUUAUCAGAAUAUACAAAAAGUUUCAAACAGUUCUUUUUAUCAGAAUGUAAUAUCAUGCUGAUGCUGCAGCCUCAUUCAAGACA